GGGGCUGAAACACUGAAUAUGUGUAUGUGCAUUGGCUUGAAGAAGACAGCACUGAACAGAACUCGUGUUUUGUGAUAAGAAUUCAUGUGUGCAAAUAAUAGUCAUAAAGGUGAGACCUCAGAGGGUCCCUAUUAGUAUUGAGGACCCGUUUUUAUGAGGGAGUCAGUCAUUUCAGGAGAAGGAGGAAAUAAAGCUUUAGACUUGGAGAUUCAUAUCAGGUUUUACAGCACCAGCAGACGAGUUUGUAUGCAGAUUUUUACAAGUGAGAGUUGAAUUUUUUUCUUGUGAGAGCAAUUUCCUUUGAGGGUUACAACUGAUGACCUGUGAAGGCAAAGUCAAGCAUCUCAUUAGAACAAUACAAGAAGGCAAUCUCUCCCAUCUCAAGGAGGAAUUGGGCAAAGAUGAAGGUGUUCUGGAUGCAGUGUUGAAGGGUCACUUUGGGAGAUCAGGUGACACCAUGCUGCAUUAUGCUGCCAGGUAUGGGCAUCUGCUGAUUCUUAAAUAUCUGGUGGAGGAGCUCGGUGCCAACAUUGAACUGGUCAACAGCGAUUACAAGCGAGCCUUGCAUGAAGCAGCGUCGAUGGGUCACAGAAUGUGUGUGAGCUACCUGCUAGCCCAAGGGGCCAGGAUUGACUGUUUGAAGAAAGCUGAUUGGACACCAUUGAUGAUGGCUUGCACCAGGAAGAACCUUGAAGUGAUUAAAGACCUGAUUACGAGUGGGGCAAGUCUGGCACUGACUAACAAGGAUGGCUGGAGUAGUUUCCAUAUUGCUUGCCGAGAGGGCGACCCUGAAAUUAUCCAAUACUUUCUCGAGGUCAGCCCAAAUAUCUGGGAUGUGGAGAGCAAAAUACAGAGGACUCCUCUACACACUGUAGCUAUGCAUGGACACUUUGAAGCUGCAGAGCUGCUUCUGGAAAGAUGUGCUUACAAGCCAGAUGCUAAAGACAGCUGUGGAGUCACUCCAUUCAUGGAUGCAGUCCAGAAUGGCCACAUUGAGAUUGCUAAACUCUUGCUGGAGAGGCACAAAGCUGAUUUCUUAGCCACUGAUGCCCUGGGGGCUCAGUCUCUGCACAGAGCCACAGUAACUGCCCAGGAUGAAGCCAUUCGUUUCCUGGUCACCGAGCUUGGCGUGAAUGUAAAUGAGAGAGCCACAGAACUAAAGCUAACAGCCCUGCAUUAUGCAGCAAAGGAGGGACAUACUAACACCAUAGAGACUCUGCUGAUGUUAGGAAUUGACAGACAGGCAAGGGAUGUCAAAGGCCGUUCUGCUUUGCACAUGGCCUGUGCAGGCCAGCAUACCAAUUGUAUAAAAAAGCUUAUUGCUGCUGGACUAACUGAUUCUACAGAUGACAGUGGAAUGCUAGCAAGCCAGCUGCUCAAGAAACCUGAAGCACUCAAGGCUCUACACAACGUUACAGACUGUAAAUAAAAUAUAUGAAGAGAAAUCUAAGUUAAUAUUUCACGUUCUGAGGAAGGGUCACCAGACUGAAAUAUUAACUUUGAUUUCUCUUCACAGAUGCUGCCAGACCUGCUGAGCUUUUCCAGCAGCUUCUGUUUAUGAUUCUGAUUUACAGCAUCUGCAGUUAUUUUGGUUUUUG